GGACCUAGCGUUGACAGCUGGGGAGGAUCCAGCAUGGACCAGUCUGUGGCUAUCCAGGAGACGCUGGCAGAGGGGGAAUACUGCAUCAUCGCAGUACAAGGUACGCUGUGUGAGGGAGACAGCAGGCAGAGCCGCCUGCUGGGGUUGGUGCGCUACCGCCUGGAGCAUGGUGGCCAGGAAUACGCUCUCUUCCUGUACACACACCGGAGGAUGGCCAUUACAGGGGAUGAUGUCUCUUUGGAUCAGAUUAUACCAGUCUCUCGGGAUUUUACACUGGAAGAAGUAUCCCCAGAUGGUGAACUCUACAUCCUUGGUUCAGAUGUGACUGUUCAGCUGGACACAGCAAAGCUCAGCCUUGUAUUCCAACUGCCCUUUGGUUCACACACUAGGAUGUUCCUCCAGGAAGUCACCAGGGCCUGUCCAAGCUUCGAUCCUGCGACCCCGGAUCCUGAGUUCCUCUGGCUAUCCCGAUACAAGUGUGUGGAGCCAGCGCCAGAGGCUGCCACAGCACGCGGUUGGAACACGGCCCCGGGUACCUCACCCUGGUGCGCGGCAAUUGGCGGAGGUGGUGGCUCUAACUUUGACAGUGAAAGGCCAAAUGGAAAAAACAUGCUUAUGAACCCAAGUUCCGGGAGUCAGGAUAAACCAGAAAACUUGCUCCCAAGGCACAAUAAAUCCAAGUCUGAAAUCUCUGACAUGGUUCGCUCUUCCACCAUCACAGUAUCAGAUAAGGCUCAUAUUUUAUCAGUGCAAAAGUUUGGGCUGAGAGAAACAAUUGUGAAGUCACAUCUACUUCAGAAAGAAGAGCAGUACACCUACAUUCAGAACUUCAGGUUUUUUGUGGGAACAUACAAUGUAAAUGGACAAUCCCCGAAAGAAUGCCUCCGCCCCUGGCUGAGCCAUGGUAUCCAGGCACCAGAUGUGUACUGUGUAGGGUUCCAGGAGCUGGAUCUGAGUAAGGAAGCCUUUUUCUUUCAUGAUACUCCAAAGGAGGAAGAAUGGUUUAAAGCUGUGUCAGAGAGUCUUCAUCCAGAUGCCAAAUAUGCAAAGGUAAAGCUCAUCCGACUGGUUGGGAUUAUGCUGCUAUUAUAUGUCAAACAGGAACAUGCAGCAUAUAUCUCUGAAGUGGCAGCUGAGACUGUGGGGACAGGAAUUAUGGGGAGAAUGGGUAACAAAGGUGGCGUGGCAAUCAGGUUCCAGUUACACAACACCAGUAUUUGUGUUGUGAAUUCGCACCUGGCAGCCCACACAGAAGAAUAUGAGAGGAGGAACCAAGACUAUAAAGACAUUUGUUCUCGGAUGCAGUUUUGUCAGGUUGACCCAAGUCUUCCCCCUCUCACCAUCACCAAGCACGAUGUGAUCUUGUGGCUGGGGGACCUCAACUACAGGAUAGAAGAGCUGGAUGUGGAAAAAGUGAAAAAGCUCAUCGAAGAGAAGGCCUUUCAAACCCUGUAUGCAUAUGAUCAGCUCAAAAUUCAGGUGGCUGCAAAGACUGUCUUUGAAGGCUUCACUGAGGGUGAGCUCACAUUCCAGCCUACCUACAAAUAUGACACUGGCUCUGAUGACUGGGAUACCAGUGAGAAGUGUCGUGCCCCUGCCUGGUGUGACCGAAUUCUCUGGAAAGGAAAGAACAUAACUCAGCUGAGUUACCAGAGCCACAUGGCCUUGAAGACCAGCGAUCACAAACCUGUCAGCUCAGUGUUUGACGUUGGGGUGAAGGUCGUAAAUGAAGAACUCUAUCGGAAGACUCUGGAGGAAAUUGUUCGCUCCCUGGAUAAAAUGGAAAACGCCAACAUUCCUUCUGUGUCCCUUUCCAAGCGUGAGUUCUGUUUUCAGAAUGUGAAGUACAUGCAAUUACAAGUAGAAUCCUUUACAAUUCAUAAUGGACAAGUACCCUGUCAGUUUGAAUUUAUCAACAAGCCUGAUGAAGAAUCUUACUGUAAACAAUGGCUUAGUGCCAACCCCAGCAGAGGAUUCCUCCUGCCAGAUUCUGUCAUUGUGAUUGAAUUGGAGCUCUUUGUAAAUAAGACCACGGCCACAAAACUCAACUCAGGUGAAGAUAAAAUUGAGGAUAUUCUGGUUUUGCACUUGGACAGGGGAAAGGAUUACUUUUUGUCCGUGUCUGGGAACUACCUACCCAGCUGUUUCGGAUCUCCCAUUCAUACAUUGUGCUGCAUGAGAGAGCCAAUCUUAGAUCUACCACUUGAAACUGUUAGUGAGCUGACUCUAAUGCCAAUAUGGACAGAAGAUGACGUGAGCCAGCUGCAGAGCCCCAUGGAAAUCCCCAAAGAACUCUGGAUGAUGGUUGAUUACCUAUACCGAAAUGCUAUCCAGCAGGAAGAUCUGUUUCAGCAGCCAGGCUUGAGGUUGGAAUUUGAACAUAUCAGGGACUGUUUGGAUAAAGGAACAAUCGAUAAUCUUUCUGCUAGCAACCAUUCAGUAGCUGAAGCCUUGCUGCUUUUCCUGGAGAGUCUGCCAGAGCCCGUCAUCUGUUUCAGCGCCUACCAUAAUUGCUUGGAGUGUUCUGGCAGUUACACAGCGAGUAAGCAGGUCAUUUCUACUCUUCCCAGAUGCCAUAAAAAUGUCUUCAACUACUUGAUGGCGUUUUUGCAAGAAUUGCUGAAAAAUUCAGCGAAAAAUCAUUUGGAUGCGAAUAUUCUAGCAAGCAUAUUUGGCAGCUUACUGCUUCGAAACCCAACUGGUCAUCCAAAGCUUGAAAUCACAGAGAAGAAAAAAGCUCAAGAGUUUAUUCAUCAGUUUCUCUCCAACCCACUCUGAGCCUCUCUCAUCUCCAGUUUCAUUCAAGGCAGCCAGUUGCUAGCCCUACCUGUUUCAGCUCAAGAGAUGUCUGUCUUGGGAUGAAACAAAGCCACCUGGAAGCAAGAAUAGUGGCUGUCUCUUCCAGAUGCUACACCUACCCAUUGCUAGUGCUUGGGGUUAGCAUACCCUAUGCUGAGUUGUGAAAACAUGGGGGAAUUCCACCUUGGUAAAACUGACAUUUGAUGUUCAACUUUAGUUAUUUAACGCAAAAUAGAUUUCUAUUCAUUUUUUUAUUUAAAAUUUUUUUAUAGAACUGUUUUUUUUGCUCACUCAACCUGCCUCGAGGGCAGUCAUUGCCUUCCUACAACCUGGGCUGAACUUGUGAUCAGAUAUUUGGACAAACUUGGAAGUCCCAAGGGGAGAAUGAGUUGGACAGUAAGAAUGCUCCUGGGUAAACAACCCUGAGCUACCACAGAUGCUUCCACUGCUCAAUGUGUAUAUAGGAACUCUUACCCCCUUCCAACUUAGAUGUGGCUAGGUAACUCUGAGGCUGGCCACUCAGCCUUUGAGAAUACAGUGGCUUAGGAAACCAGGUUCUGGUGAGUCAGAUGGAUUUUUCUGGGCCUGCAAAUCCUCCGAGCUCUUUAUAAUGUAUCCCUUCUUUCAUAGUCUAAUAUAUUUUAAUGAUAAAUACAUUUUUAACAGUU